AUGACAACCUCUUCAAACUACACUAACCUUAGAGACAUUUGGUACACCAUGAUUGGGAUCCCAGGACUGGAAGAUGCACACACGUGGAUCUCCAUCCCCAUUUGUUCCAUGUACAUAGUCGCUGUUGUAGGAAAUACCCUCUUGCUAUUUCUGAUCUUCACUGAUCACAGUCUUCAUGAACCCAUGUACCUUUUCCUCUCCAUGUUAGCCUUGGCAGAUAUCUUUCUCUCCACUGUCACCACACCCAAGAUGUUAGCAAUCUUCUGGUUCCAAGAAGGGGCUAUAUCUUUUGGUAGCUGUGUGUCCCAGAUGUUUUUCCUCCACUUCAUCUUUGUGGCAGAGUCUGCCAUACUGCUGGCCAUGGCAUUUGAUCGCUAUGUAGCCAUCUGUUAUCCACUAAGAUAUACUACCAUUCUAACACCCUCAGUUAUUGGAAAAAUAGGCAUUGCUUCUAUAACUAGGAGUUUCCUCAUCUGUUUCCCCUUGGUUUUUCUGGUUUAUCGGCUUACUUACUGUGGAAGGAACAUUAUUUGUCACUCAUACUGUGAACAUAUGGGCAUUGCCAGGCUUGCCUGUGAUAGCAUUCAAGUCAACAUCUACUAUGGGGUGAUUGUGGCUCUAUUUUCCACAUGCCUGGAUGUGGUGCUUAUCAUCAUCUCUUAUGCCCUAAUACUCUGUACUGUGUUUAGGAUUCCUUCCCAAGAUGCCCAGAUCAAGGCUCUGGGUACUUGUGGCUCCCAUGUCUGUGUUAUAUUAGUGUUCUAUACCCCAGCCUUUUUUUCAUUCUUUGCUCACCGAUUUGGGGGCCACAGUAUACCACUAUAUAUACAUAUUCUUCUUGCCAAUCUUUAUGUGGUGGUACCACCCACUCUCAACCCCAUCAUUUAUGGAGUUAAAACCAAGCAAAUUCAGGAGAAAUUUAUCCAGGUCUUUUCUUUGAGCAAGAAAUUUUGCUGA